GUUUACCCGCCGAAACCAUUACGCCGAGUCUUCGUUAUGUUACAUCUACGGCGAUGGAGGAAACCGUGAAUGUUAUGUGCAGUUUAUUAAUGGGCCUCUGAGAGAUUGCUCGACGGUUCACGCAGAGAAAUCUGCGAAAGUGUCUAUUUAUCUCAUUGUAAUCACGUUCAACUAUUUUUAUAGAAAGGAAGCAUUUCUUACAACAUAACCUGGACCAUUUAAUAAAGAUGUCUCACGAUCAUAUGGCCCAUAUGAUGAACGUAUCGAGUGGACAUGCAGCCCACGUUAAUCACGCGUCUCAUGAAUCUAUGGAUCAAAGUAUGAUGCACAGUUCUAUGGAUCAUGCUAAUAUGGAUCACGGGAAUAUGAACCAUGAAAGUCACCUUACCGCUGCCUCGGAAGCAUGUGGCAAUAUGGGGAUGCACGGUAUGUCGAUGGUCUUCCAUGGAGGAUAUUGUGAAAAUGUAUUAUUCGAAUCGUGGAAAAUCUCGUCGAUCAGUGGUCUCAUAGGAUCGAUGAUCGGUAUCAUGAUCAUGGCGGCGCUUUACGAGGGAUUGAAGUAUUACCGAGAAUAUUUAUUCUGGAAAAUGUAUAAUUCUCUUCAAUACAGAAGCGUCACGAUGCCACAAGAGAAAAAUGUCGUAGCCGAGGAUAACAGAGUCGUACAUAUGGUUGGAGAAGUAAUUCACAAACAACCGCCCACAAUGUUAUCAUGGAUGCAUACGUUCCAAACGUUCUUACACAUUGUGCAAAUUGUGCUGUCAUAUUUCCUUAUGCUGAUCUUCAUGACUUACAAUGUCUGGUUGUGUUUUGCUGUAGUAUUUGGUGCAGCAAUUGGUUAUUUUUUGUUUGGGUGGAAAAAAUCUGUUAUCGUGGAUGUUACAGAACAUUGUCAUUAGUUGUUUAUGUAUUUAAAAUACAUUGUGUUUUUACAACAAAAAUGUACAUCACUGUACAUUGCCGAAAAGUUCAUUCUGACCGGAAGAACUUUGAAAUAAUUACAUGUAGUAUAUGUGUGCAGGAAAUAUAAUUAUUCUAAAUUCGUAUUUACACAAAUAUAUAAAGGAAAUGUUCUCAGUUUAAAUUUAUUCCUAUGCAUACAGAAUGCAAUUUUCAAUUGUUCGUUGAGAAAAAUAGAGCAUGACUUAAUUAUUAUUGAAUAAAAAAUAUCUAUAAAAUGCAAAUUUGUAUACAAAAAUACUGGAAGGUUAAAUCUUUGAUUUGAAUAGCCAUAGCGCACCUAAUUUGUAAAUAUUGUUAAAAGGUUUAAAUGAGGAAAGUAUCGUAAGAUGGACGCACACUUUUCUCCAAACCUUUAUACGGCCACUUCCAAUUUUUUAUUGUAAUGUAUUUUAUAAAUUUAUCUUUAACGUUUGAAAAAAAGUGUGCAGUGAUAUCUUGAACAUUGCAUACAAGAUGUGUUGUUAUAAUAUAACGUUAUCAACAAUUGUAUUAUUACCAAGUAAUCCAUAAACUACUGUUAUUUGUAAAAUAUAAAAUAAUAUCACAUGAAAUACAAGAAAAACAUUUUGCCGAUA